UUUCCAGCCACGAAUUCUGAUGGCAAUGGCUAGGGAUGGUCUGCUGCCUUCUGUUUUUUCAGACGUUAAUAGACACACACAGGUUCCGGUUAAAGCAACCGUGGCAACUGGGUUGUGUGCUGCAACCUUAUCGUUCUUUAUGGAUGUGUCGCAGCUUGCAGGAAUGGUGAGUGUUGGGACGCUUCUGGCAUUUACAAUGGUGGCGGUAUCAGUGUUGAUACUCAGAUAUGUUCCUCCAGAUGAGCUACCUAUUCCGUCAUUUCUUCAAGAGAGGAUUGAUUCUGUUUCCUUCUUAUGUGGUGAAACAAAGUCAUCCGGUCAUGCAGGCACUUCCAAUAGCAGUCAACAACCUUUAAUUAGCAAAAGUGAUGCGUCCGUCGAUUUCCCGGUUAUCAAGAAUCAAGAAGCUCUAGGGUGUUGGGUCAGCGAAGAAAACAGAAGGAUGGUCGCUGGAUGGAGCAUUAUGUUCACCUGUAUUGGGGCCUUCCUUUUAAGUUAUGCAGCAUCAAGCGUGAGCUUCCCAGGGCUUCUUAGAUAUUCGUUGUGUGGUAUUGGUGGAAGUUUCCUCCUUGCUGGUUUGAUUGCUCUGAGUUCUAUAGAUCAGGAUGAUGCCAGGCACACUUUUGGACAUUCUGGAGGUUACAUGUGCCCGUUUAUUCCCCUUCUGCCGAUCAUAUGCAUUCUCAUCAACAUGUACCUUUUGGUUAAACUUGGAUCUGCUACAUGGGCUCGUGUAUCGGUGUGGCUGCUGAUUGGAGUGAUUGUGUAUGUUCUCUAUGGCCGAAAACACAGCUCGCUCGCCAAUGCAGUUUACGUAACAACAGCUCAUGCGGAGGAGAUAUAUCGCGAACAUGAAGGUUCUUUGGCAUAGUCUGAGAAAGCAUCUCUUUGGUUUAACACAUGUAACAUAUAAGCAGCUGUGUAAUAUCUUCUUAUAUGGAUGAAACAAGAAUGCCAUAAUAGUAUUUAUGAGCUUAAGUUCCGUCUAUGGGCUCUUUGUAAAUAAUAUAUUAUAUAUAUCAGCAUUAUGAAUUCAUAAUCCGAAAA